GCCACGUUAAGAACAAUCUGGCGCCAGUUGAGCGAGCUUAAAGUGCUAGUUGGAGAGUUUAAACAGCGGCAAAGACAACGAUUUUUUUGUUAGGUAAUACCACAUUACUAUGGCAUAAUGUCACCGCUCUUCGGUCGCACGUUCCGGAGUGAUAAAAGCCGGGGAGACGGGGUUUUAAACAUAAAAAAAAUGCUCGAGAGUGAUGUAAAGACCAUAAUCACAUGCACGUUCCAGACCCCAUUUCUCAGUCGAGUCACUGACCCAUAAAAGCGGGGAUCUCCAUGUUCAGCGACAUCAGUUCCAUCGGCAACAUGUUCCACCCAAGGUCUCAGUCCAGCUCCUUAGCUCUACUCCUGACUUUCGUCCUGGCUUCCGUCGGCGUUCAUGGGGACUACGAUUGGUAUGGCGAUUAUUCGGGCUCUGAACUGGACUAUAUCUUUGCGGAUGUCAACUAUGAUGCAGUGUGCCCACCAGGUGGUUAUGCUGUCUGCGCCACCGAUGGCUAUAACUACCAUCCAUUCUCGAGCAAGUGCCGUCUGGACUCACAGAACUUGAAACUGUUGUUUGCCGUAAAGAAGGAACUCACCCAAACUGACCUGAGCUACUGUCCCUCAUAUCCCCCGCAGCCGUAUGGUCCGCCUGUUCCUGCUCACGGCUAUCAUCCGAAGCCAGUUCAGAAUUAUGCCCCGGUUCGGUAUUCCUCAUCGUCUGGCCAGAAUUCGUAUGCCUAUGCCGCUGCCAGCGGGCCCUAUGGCGCCAAGGCGGUGGCUGAGGCUCCGGGUCCGUAUCCUGUGGCUUCUCCCUCCUAUUCCGUCUCGUAUCCCGCCGCUCCGUCUGCCUAUGCCCCACCCCCUGCCAAAUACCCAUCCCCGCCCCCGUCCUAUCCCGUUUAUGCCAAACCAGUGCCGGCCUAUGCUGCUGUUUAUAGUUACGCUGGAACCACCAAGGCGCCAUCUACCGGAUCGACUACGACGUCCGCCACUACAGGCACCACAAAAGCCAACAGAUACCCUGGAUACCCCACCAAAUACGCAACCACCACAGCGGCAACAACCACAGCAGCAACCACUACUUUAGCAACAACUACUGCAGCAACAACUACUGCAGCAACCACUACUGCAGCAACUACUACGGCAGCAACAACAACUGCAGCAACCACUAAGGCAGCAACAACUACCGCAGCAACAACAACUGCAGCAACCACUAAGGCAGCAACAACUACCGCAGCAACAACAACUGCAGCAACCACCAAGGCAGCAACAACUACUGCAGCAACAACUACCGCAGCAACAACAACUGCUGCAAUAACUGCAGCGGGAACAACUGCAGCAACAACUACUGCAGCAACAACUGCAGCAGCAACAACUGCAGCAGCAACAACUGCAGCAGCAACAACUGCAGCAGCAACAACUGCAGCAGCAACAACA